GUGUAUCGUAUUGUAUACAUUCUCUUACCUCUUUCGCUCGUUUAUUAUAAGGCUGCAUUCCCUUAUACCUACCGUAUAAUCACUUAGACAUUGCCACAAUAGAGGAACUAUAGAGUAUCACAAACCCUAGGAAAUCAAUACACGAUGCGGUUCCUAUCGUAUUGGGUGUUUCCCAUCAUAUCCGGCCUCAUGUGGCUGGCAACAUUAUUAGGUCUUCUUCUAUAUUGGAUCAUAGACACCGACCGAGUUCAUUAUGACUCUAUGACGGACGACCAAACAAUCGCGUAUAUAUCAGACGUCGGCGCUUCAAAGCUCAAGCCGUUGUUCGUUACGGGAUGCAUCAUCACCACGAUAUUUCUCGAUUUAUCCUUUGGGACUGACCGCUUCUUACGACAUCGAGGUCGACUGGUGCCCAACACCUCUACUGGUGAAAAAGUGCUGAGCGGCCUGUGCAUCGUCUUCGCCGUGAUUGGUACAAUUGGUCUAACUUUUCUGUCCGGAUUUGAUACCCUCCGGUACCCGAGACUACACGAUAUUUUCCUUCUACUUUUCAUUGCAGGAUAUCUAUUCUCAGCCAUCUUCAUCUGCUGGGAAUAUCAACGUCUAGGCCACAAAAACCGUCAACAUCGCGUCCUCCGUAUCUCAUUCUGGAUCAAGUUAAUUUUCGUCAUCAUCGAGCUAGGUCUAGCGGUUGCCUUCGGCGUGAUUAACUUCAGGGGCAACCAUAACACAUCUGCGAUUAUCGAGUGGGUUAUCGCCUUCGUAUUCUCCUUCUACGUCUUCUCCUUUUACAUCGACUUGUAUCCUGCUAUCACUACGCGGAACAACCCCCACCCGAUCGGGGAUCCCGCGCGACGGAUGGAAGAGACCUACUAUGCGACGCAUCCCAGCGUCCUGCCCGGAGAUAGGCAUACCCAGGACAGCCAGAGGACGCUGACAGAAGGUCACGGCCACCAGAACAAAGUGAGAACGGACCAGAGAGACUUUUAGGAGGUUUUACUUGUUCACAACAUUUACGAAUAGUUUUCCUUUCAGUAGAAUAUCAUGCCGAGCCAGUUUGGAGGUGGUACUAGAUCACGAUAAUGAUGAUACCAAGCAUUAGAGGGAUUAGAGGCAUGACGUUUUCUCAUGGCGUUCGGUUACCUUAUUAGAGUAAAAACAUGUUUAAUUAGGCACAAGUUAAAUCUUUGACGGCUCCUCAUUAAUUAUUAUUUUGAGGGUACAGUUAGACAGUUAGAACGACAAUGUGUCGGUUCAGUCUAGCCAUCAUGACUUCGAUAGAUAAGAUACAAUAGCGGCAUUUUUCAUACUAUAACAUUAUUAUGUAUGGUAGCGACAGACGUGUAUUGUAAAAUACAAAUAUUUUUUGUUAAAGCGUUGGUAUUGACACCCUUCAUUUGUGAAAUAUUGGGUACAAA